AUGGUCUCCACCACACUCGCCGCGCAUGGACAGACACUCACCAAGACGGAAUUUGCUGACAGACAAAAUGUCCGGAAUGCUCAGAAUGAAUAUGCACAGGCAGCCUCGACUCAACCAGACAAGCUGGCUAUUUCUCAUCUUUCCAUGCACAUUAUUCAUCGAUAUUCAUCGUUUGUCGACGCGUCUGUUCGCAAUCUCCGACCACCCACACUCUGCGCACCUGUCAAGGCUAUUGGUCAAAUGACCGAGCUCUUUCGUCGCUCCAUGCGCGGUUUACCAAUAAGCGCAGAUGGUCUCACCGACGCCCAGGCCGCUCCAGCCAUGGAGGGAAAGAAGGAUAAGGAAGCCUUUAUACUCCGAAUUGUCGAAGGAAUCGAGGAUCAGGCAAAUGCUCUUCCCUCUUUGGUCGACGCGUUUCUCCACGCCAACAACUCGACGGGCAUUGACGACCGCGAGCUCCAGCAACGCGUGGAAAACGACGUGAUUGGGCUCUUUUAUCAUGCCCUCCCUCACCCACCCGUCAACUUUUUGCCCUCCAUGCUCCAAGAUACCAAGAUCCCAACUGUUAUCAACGGUGCCGCCGUUCGACCAGGCCAAGAGAGCGUCGGCCGUGCGUGCGUCCCUCCCAAUCACGGCCCAGCCGCUCCUGGAGCUGCUCCAACCACCACCACCACCGGUGGCAACCCACAGCUAGCUACACCCACUCCAUCUGGAUUCGCUACUAUUCCUAAUGGUAAUGCGCAGUGGCCUGGAGCUGGACCUAGUGGUGCACACCGACCAGAUCCUACGACGACGGACCCAUCCGCAACAAAGAAUGCAGGAGGCUCCAAUUUCGCGAGUGAAGCUGCGGCAGAGGCCGCUCGGAAAGCCUACUCGAGUCAGUUCCGUACUCCCUCGGGUGCGCAAAACAAUCCGCACCUUCCACUCCUUGGAGCUGCGGGUACGGCUUAUGCACGUGCUGUUCCUUCUCUCCACCCCAUCCCGCGUUCUACUCUGCCCGACCCAGAUAUGGUGUUCGACUUGCUCAUGAAGCGCACGGCUCCACCUUCGACGAAUGGUGCUCCAUCUAUCGAUGACGACUCGUUCUUUGCCGUCGCUGCUGACCAAGUCAAGACUCCCCCCAGCUUUAGGGGACAGGGACACGGCCAGCCUCACCCGAGUGGAUUGAGCUCGCUCAUGUUUGGCUUUGCCGAUUUGAUUAUCCAUUCGUUGUUUAGGACGAGCUCGAGGGAUCCCAGUGUCAAUCUGACGAGCAGUUAUCUCGAUUUGAGCCCGUUGUACGGUGUCGAUGAGACCGAAAUGAACACGGUCAGGAGGUUUGACGGUACUGGUCGACUGUGGGAGGACGUUUGGGCCGACCCAAGAUUGACAAUGAUGCCACCGCACGUCUGCGCUCUCCUCGUCUAUGUCUCUCAAAAACUGCUCGACAUCAAUGAAGCAGGCUGGUACAAGCGCCCUGCCUUCCCUCCGCCUAAAGCCAACAGUAUUGGUGUCAAACAACUCUUCGCCAAAGAAUUUGCAGCUGGCGGUGAAGAUAUGGAAAUAAUCAAGAAGCAAGAUGACGAUAUCUUUAAUAGGGCACGGUUGAUCAAUUGUGCCUAUUUCAUGAACGCAAUCCUCGGCGACUAUUUGUCUGGAAUUCUUGGAACUUUCCGCGAGGCUAGCGAGUGGUGCUUGAACCCACUCGAAGAGAUCCGCCAAGGUGGCCGCACAGUCGUCAACAGGGCCGAAGGAAACCAAUGGCACGCGACUAUGCCUCCCGUCGACGAACAAUGGCUCGAGGAUGCCUUCAAGAGUGUAUUACCAGAGACCCAUGAUAUCCACAAGAUGGCACCUGGACACGUUGAUUUGAGCGCAGCAGACUUGAAAAUGGCCGCAAUGCAGUUUGCCAUGCGCCAAGGAAGUAUUCCCAACAAGUGGACUUUUGGCGGAUUGCACCGAAAUGCGGAUGGUGGUUUCGAUGACUAUGCGGUCGCCAAAAUCCUCCACAAGGCUACCGAGACGAGCGCUUGCGCAUAUGGUGCCAGGUCUAUUCCUUCGGUCAUGAAGGCCGUCGAAGUCAUGGGUAUCAAACAAGCCCGCAAGUGGGGCGUUUGCACUAUGAACGAGUUCCGCCAAUUUGUUGGUCUCAAAAAGUACGAGAGCUUUGAAGAGUGGAAUCCCACUGGUGAUAUCGCGGUCGGCCUCAUGUGCGAAGAGUCUAAGCAGCCAACAGAGGGCGCAGGUCUCUGCCCAGGAUACACCAUCUCCCGUGCCAUUCUCGCUGAUGCAACUGCGCGAGGGACGUCAAGAACGGCUCAAUGGGCGGAAUGUUCUCCAAACUCCUCUUCCGUACCCUUCCAGACUACUAUCCUGCGGGAUCCGUAUACGCCCAGGGAGAUGGAGCGAUGGCUCACCAAGAUGGACCUCAAACAAAACUAUAAGUUUGCCAAACUUCCCAGCGAUCCAAUCCGACCCGUCCAAGCCAUUGACACCGCUAAAGGCGUUGCCUUUGUCCUGAAUGACCUUAAGACGUUCUCCACCGUCUACUCCGAUGGCAUGAAAGCCCUCACAAAGGGCUACGGUUUCUUCUUGGCGUUCGAUGAUGAGCCCAGACAUGGAAACCUUAGGUCGAUGAUGAGGCGAGCACUCUACCGGGAUGGUGCCCUACCCAAAUACGCCGAGUUCUAUGGAGAGCACACCCGAGAACUGAUCAAGUUACGAUCCUUCCAGUCGGGACCUGGAAAGCGCGCCGUCAACAUUGUUCGCGAUGUUAUCAAUAUCGUGCCAGUGCAUUGGGUCUGCGAAGAAAUUGCUGGCCUUCCCUUGAAGUCAGAAAAAGCUCCUGGGGGUAUUUUCACUGAGCAGGAGGUAUACAAUAUGAUUGCCUGCAUCUUCACCUUCAUAUUCCUCAACCAUGCACCUGAAAACGACUGGCCUUUGCGCACAAACUCUCUUUCUUUCGCCGAUAAAUUCCUCAAGUUCAUCAAGGCACGUUUGGCAAAGGUUUCUGGAGGCGGCUUUUCGCUCUCCGUGGAUGGGAUAAGGGACAGUAUUAUCCAUUAUAUCACACAUGAAGUCGACCACAGCGACGCCUUCUACCGUGCAUUGUUGGACAACAACACUUCGAAAUUGGAUUUGGAUCAAUUGUCCUACAAUGUGCUGGGACUUAUAUGCGCUAGUGUCGCAAACUUUGCACACGACUUCUAUUUGGACGAGAAGCGCACAACUGAGCGUGAACAUAUCAUAUCAUUGGCUAUGGAUCGUACUCCUAGAGCCGAACUACUUUUGAUGGGCUAUACUCGUGAAGCCCUGCGGAUCAAUCCCCAGGCUCCAGGUUUGUUUAGAAGGGCUACACAAGCUGCAGAAAUCCCGGGUCCAGAAUCAAUUACUGGCAAACCCGAGACUAUCUCCGUAUUACCUGGAGAUAGGAUCUUCGUCAGUCUGAAAAACGCCAGUAUGGAUGUGAGUUCUUUUGUAAUGAGCUUUGGUCUCAGUGUCUCAUCGCAGCUUUUCCAGAGUGCCUCCUUUGUGAACCCUGAAAAGGUGGAUCCAGCACGGCCUAAAGAGCGCUACUCCAGCUUUGGACGAGGAGAACACCAGUGCUUGGGUGAACUCUUCACCGAGAGCAUGAUACCGGCUAUGCUCCGAGUGGUCUUCUCACUCAAGAAUGUCAAGCGUGCAGCGGAUCCUCUCGGGAAAUUGAGCAGGUAUGGCAUUGAUCAGGCACGCGUUGAAAGAGACCUUCUAAAACGCUUGCAGGGUCGAUCACAAUCUCUUUGGUACAGAGUCGCAGCUUUAUAUUUCCAACAAGGGUACAGUUAG